GUUCUUGCGACUGCCACCUCCGACUAAUUGAUUUCUUGUUUUCGUUGCAGUUCUUGUACUCUAUCUACGAUAUUAUCCAUCAUUUAAAUACACCCUCCAUUGAUCAUAACCUCUGUUACCACUUGUAUCCCACGGGUCCCGACUCGCUCACAAGUGACAAGACCAUUAAGCAAGGUCCGAGUCUGAGCGCCACUCCAGGUGACGUCCGCACCUGUGCCUCCCAUCUCCCCUCCUCCACGCACGCCGCAGUUACCAAUCCGCGGAACUGUCCUUCCUUCCUCCCUCCAUUCCCCCAUCCUCCACCUAGGCUAGGUUUACAUCAUGGCCGAUGCAUCUAACUCGGAGGAUGCCACCGUCACAUUUCAUGUCAAGUCAUCUGGUGCUCAAAAGUGGACAUUGACUUUGCCGGUGUCGACAACGACCCAAGAUCUCAAAGCCAAACUCGCCACCGAAGAAUAUGCCAAUGUCCCAGCUUCGGCACAGCGAUUGAUUUACAGUGGAAAAGUGCUCAAGGAUAAUGACACCCUGGCGACUCACAAUGUCAAAGAAGGCAACACGAUGCAUCUGGUCAAGAGCGCCGCGAGCAAUCAACGACAGAACCCCGCCAAUCAGUCAUCCAGCAACCCUGCUUCAUCCACACCCUCUCAAUCCACCGGUGUCCCUCAGAACCUCGCCGCAGGCACCGGAAAUGAUCCUUUGGCGGGCCUGACAGGCGCUCGGUAUGCAGGUUUCGCCCAACUGCCCAGCGCAAGCAUGUUCCAGACUCCCCAAACUCCUGAGGACAUGAUUCGUCAGCUUGAAGACCCCAACUUCCAACAGAUGAUGCGAGAAGCCAUGAAUAACCCUCAGUUUAUUGACAUGAUGAUCAACCAGAACCCUGCAUUGCGGUCUCUAGGUCCUCAGGCGAGAGAGAUGUUGCAGUCGGAUGGGUUUAGACAGCUCAUGACGAAUCCCCAGCAAUUAAGGUCGAUGAUGCAGAUGCAGCAGCAACUUGGUAUGGGUCCUUUUGCUGGCACUGGUGGCCAGGAUGCCUUCCCUGCUCCUGGUGAGACCAACACUACCGAAAAUCGGGGAGCGACCAACACAAACACGACUGCGAACCAACAGCAACAGCCCAACCCGUUCGCAGCCUUUGCUCCAUUCGGUGCAGGUGGAGGCUCACUAGGACCAAACCCCUUUGCAAGUCUCUUCGGACCUGCCUUUGGACCCCCUCCGCAAAAUCCAGCUUCGCCAGGCACGCAACCUACGACCGAGUCUUCCAACCCCACAGCAGAUGGAAAUCAACAGCCCCCCAAUCCUUUCGCUGCCUUGUUCAACCCAGCUGCUUUUGGACAAGCCCAAGGGAACAACCAGCCGGGAGCCAACAUGGGCAACCCAUGGCUACAGAACAAUCCCUUCCUCCAGAACCCAGAAGCAGCCAACCAAUUACUACAGGCUCUUGGAGGCGGACCGGGUGGUGCAGGCGGCGCUGGACCCGGGAACUACCCUAAUCUUUUCAAUAUGUUUGGUGGUGGCAUGGACCAGAGAUCUCAGUCGCCCCCAGACAAUCGGCCACCUGAAGAGAGAUACGAGGUUCAGCUACGGCAAUUGAACGAUAUGGGGUUUUAUGAUUUUGACCGCAACGUGCAGGCGCUUCGACGGACGGGUGGAAGCGUGAAUGGGGCGAUUGAGUUCCUCCUGAGCAACCCUUGAACUUGACGCAAGUCGACGGAGCAGUCUGGCAUGAAGAUGAUGGUCCGCACAUGUAUCCUGGGGCGAGAAUGGCGUCGUAGAGAAAGGCGUUUGUGGCAGUCAUAGAGGUUCAAACACUAAUUCGAUUCCUCCGGGGCAUGGAGGGUUUGGGGUUUAGUUUGGGCUUGAUUGCAGUGACAGCGGCGCCAUGCUGAGAACAUGGGGUAGAUAAUUCACAGAUGAACCCAGGCGGAUUGUCGCAUUCAAAGUUGAGAUCCAGUCAAAGGACCCAGGUUUGACUGUUUAUAUGAUUUAUUGACGAUGCCCAUCCCCAUGGCACUAGCCCUAGCGUUAGCAACAACCUUUACGCCUUUGCA